UACAACCGUCAUCUGACUUCAGUAUAUAUUACACGGAAGCGCCGGUCCUAAACACUCACUAGCUCACUAAGCCUUGAGAGAUACACCAAUCCAAAGCAGUUUGCAGCCAUGAAGGUGUUUGUCGUACUAGCCGUCGCAGUGCUCUCCGGUUGCCAUGCCAACCUCUUCUAUGCUGAUGCGCCCAAGCCACAGCUGGAAGUCCUGACCGAUGCUUUCUGGGACUACAUCGCCAAAGCCACGCAGACGGCCGACGACACCCUCCAGAUGAUCAGAAAAUCACCAAUAGGACAGGAAGUCAAUGCCCGUCUGACCGAAAGUGCUGACAUAGCCAGCAAGUAUGCAGUCACCCUGCAGGAGCAGCUUCCUCCUGCUGCCCAGGACCUCAUGAGCAAGAUCACCAACGAGGCUGAUGUGUUGAAAAAAGUGCUAUCCGAGGAGCUGAGCUCCGUCAGAGAGAAGCUGGAGCCCUACACUGAGAACAUGAAGGCCCAGAUCCAGCAGAGAGUUGAGCAGCUCAAACAGGAGCUGGCCCCCUACGCCGACUCCCUGGACUCCGACGCCCUGAGGACCACCCUGAUUCAGAAGAGCGAGGAGCUGAAGAUCAGCCUGGAGCAGAGUGUAAAGGACAUGCAGGCUCAGUUGGGGCCCUACACCGAUGACCUGAAGGAGAAAGUGGACCAGCACCUGCAGCAAUUCCAAAGAAGUGUCACUCCCAUGACAGAGAAGGUCCAGAUCGAGCUCACGCAGAGAGCCAGUGUGGUGAAACAGAUGGUCGCCCCCUACGCUGAAGACCUGAGAGGAAAACUGGACCCCUACGCCCAAGACCUCCAGGCCCAGCUCAUGUCCCUCUACCAGUCAUUUGUCGAGAGCAACUAAAUCAACUUUUAAGACAUAAUUGAACAAGAUCAUGGCCUUUGACCUCCCUUCUCAAUAUGAUGUAACAUGUGACGCGUACUGUAAAUCAAAUUACACCAUGUGAAUAUUCACAAUACUUUAUUUAUUGCACAGCAUAUAAAUACAAAGAAAAACCCUGCACUUGUCCACCAUGUAUAUAAUGUUUUAACUGUGUUGUGAAAUUAUAAACCGUGACCUUUUUGUAAUUUGUGUAACUUAUCUAAAAUAAAUAUAAGACCCAAAAA